CUUCUUCAUCCCCCCCCCCCUCUCUCUCUCUCUCCCUCCUCCUUUCUCUCCUCUUUCCCUUCUUUCUUUCCUGGUCCAGCCUGCGCCAUCCCUUUGGGUUGAGACCUGGAGGCAGCUUGCCAAGCGCAGGAGGCGGAUUGGCCUCCCUUUCUCCUCUCUUUUGUCGUGGGAGGGGGCACCUCCUUCCCCUCUCCUUCCCUCCCUCCUUCUCCGCCCCCAGACCUCCCCUUGAGCCCCUCUUUCCUUCCUCUUUUCCUUCCUUCCUUCCUUCCUUCCCUCCUUCAUCUCUCUCUCCCUCCUCGCCUCCAAACCGUGCGCCUUUACGCACAGACCGGCUCCUGCUUUUACGCACAGACCCCUUUCCCCCCUUUGGGGUCUUUUUCCCCUCCAAGGAGAGGAGAGUGGAGCCCCCUCUUUCUCCCCCCCAUCCCCACCUCCUUGGGCUUCAAGGAAGAGAGACCCCCACCACCCCAAACCCCCAAAGCCUUGCCUCCCCCCUCGGCAUCCAUCCUUCCCCAAUUCCCCAAACAAGCCUUCCCUCUCCUCCAGCACCGCCAGGCAGCCCGAGGAGCCCCCAAGACCCAGACCGAGGGACCAGGCUGCGGAAAAACAAGGAUGACACAGCCUGGCAAGCGGCGGUGCCAUUGGCAGCCCUGGGCUUGAGCAGGAAGGAGGUCACCGUUGCCAAAGAGAUGCCAACACCCCUCUCCUGCCUCCAGAUGCCACCCUCCUGACGGAAGCAGCAUCCCCAGCAACACCGCUCUUUUCGGGUGCCUUUGGGAGGCCUUUCGGGUGCUGCGGGCUCAGACUUUGCAUCCCCUUGCCGCCAUCCAUCUCCCGCCCGGCCCAGAGGGUCCAAAUCCAAGUGUGAUCUGACUGGCAGGACUGGGGACUUCGGAGACAAAUCCAUCUUUCCUUUUGGGGGGAGAUCUGUGACGAUGCCACCUCAUUGCCACUCCAGGAUGUGGCGUCACAUUUGAGGGGGCACUCAACCUCGUGGGCUCAAAAUAGAGCUUUGGUCCAGGAUUGCGCCAGACUCAGACGUGAAGCUUCGAGGCUUUUGGCAUCACCGUCGAGCAGCUCCUUGAGGUGCCCCCGGAUCCCACCAUGCAUGGCAAACCCCACCGACCCCAGGACCACGAACUGAUGCCCGCUCUUUGAGCCCUCCAUCCCCCCAUGCCCGGUCUGCCAGGGCUGGCACCAUGGCCCGGCCUGGCACUGGGACCCUGGUCUUGGCCAACGGGCUGGGCUUCCCUCCCAGCAACGUGGCCCGUGUGGUGGUCUGGGAGUGGCUCAACGAGCACGGGCGCUGGAGGCCUUACACAGCCGCCGUGUGCCACCACAUUGAGAACGUCCUGAAGGAGGAUGCCCGGGGCAGCGUGGUCUUGGGGCAAGUGGAUGCCCAGCUCUCCCCGUACAUCAUCGACCUGCAGUCCAUGCACCAGUUCCGGCAGGACACAGGGACGAUGCGUCCGGUGCGAAGGAACUUUUACGAUCCCUCCUCGGCCCCGGGAAAGGGGAUUGUGUGGGAAUGGGAGAACGACAACAACUCCUGGACGCCCUACGACAUGGACAUUUGCAUCACCAUCCAAAAUGCCUACGAGAAGCAGCACCCGUGGCUGGACCUCUCCUCCCUGGGAUUUUGCUACCUGAUCUACUUCAACAGCAUGUCGCAGGUGAACCGGCAAACGCAGCGGAAGCGCCGCCUCCGCCGACGCAUGGACCUGGCUUACCCGCUCACCAUGGGCUCCAUCCCCAAGUCCCAGUCCUGGCCCGUGGGCACCAACUCGGGGCAUCCCUGCUCCUGCCAGCAGUGCCUGCUGGUCAACAGCACCCGGGCCGCCUCCAACGCCAUCCUGGCCUCCCAGCGCCGGAAGGUCUACGCCGGCAACGGCAACGGGACCAUGGCCGUUCGCCAGAGCAAUACCUUCAACGGGACGGCCCUGUGGUCGCUGGGCGGCGUGCCCAACGGUGGGAUGGCCAAGAUGGAGCAGGUCCGCGCCGCCAACGGCAUGCAAGUGACCACCUUUUCGCGGAGUCAGAGCGCCCCCAGUCAUGCCCACCUCCCAGGUCAAAACAACCUGAACCGACCUGGGACCCAGCGGGUGGCCAUCCUGAGCACCAGGGCUUCGAUCCCGCCAGGGGUUCCUGCCCUCCCGGUCAAGAACCUGAAUGGAACUGGUCCGGUCCAUCCUGCCUUAGCAGGAAUGACCGGCAUUUUGAUGUGUGCGGCGGGCCUGCCGGUCUGCCUCACCCGUGCCCCGAAGCCCAUCUUGCACCCGCCGCCGGUCAACAAGAGCGACAUGAAGCCUGUGCCCGGCAUCACUGGCAUUUGUCGGAAGACCAAAAAGAAGCAUUUGAAAAAACGCAAGAACCCCGAGGAUGUGGUGCGGCGUUAUAUCCAGAAAGUGAAAAAUCCUCCCGAUGAGGAUUGUACCAUUUGUAUGGAGCGGCUGGCCUCUUCGUCGGGCUACGAGGGCAUCCUGAGGCACAAAGGGGCCAAGCCGGAGCUGGUGGGCAAGCUGGGCAAAUGCGGGCACAUGUACCACCUCCUCUGCUUGGUGGCCAUGUACAACAACGGCAACAAGGUGAGAUCUGAGGAUGGCAGCCUGCAAUGCCCUACUUGUAAAGCUAUCUAUGGAGAGAAGACUGGAACUCAGCCCCCAGGGAAGAUGGAAUUCCACAUCAUCCCGCACUCACUUCCUGGCUACGGGGACUGCAAAACCAUCCGCAUCGUGUAUGAUAUUCCCGCUGGGAUCCAGGGUCCUGAGCACCCCAAUCCCGGAAAGAAGUUCACCGCACGAGGCUUUCCGCGCCACUGUUACCUUCCGGACAACGAGAAAGGCAGAAAGAUCUUGAAGCUCCUCAUUGUGGCCUGGGAGCGGCGGCUCAUCUUUACCAUCGGGACGUCCAACACGACGGGCGAGUCCGACACCGUCGUGUGGAACGAGAUCCACCACAAGACCGAGUUUGGCUCCAACCUCACGGGCCAUGGCUACCCCGACCCCAACUACCUAGACAACGUCCUGGCCGAACUGAUGGCCCAAGGGGUGUCCGAGGCCCACCUGAAGGACUGAAGAAAGGCCCUCGGUCUCCCCCCAUGCCCUUCCCUACUCCUGCCGCUGCUGUCCCCCCCCCCCCCCUUUUCGCCGUGUGAUGCGUGGAAGCGUGACCACUGCCUGCGUCUUUCCAUCCGUCUGUCCGUGAGUGUGUUCUCUUUGUCGACCGGCUCUCUGCCAGGGUUUGGGGGGGGGCGGGGUUGGGGGUCCACCCUUGCCUCCUAUGUCGCUUCUGCUGCCUUGACUUUGGAUGAUCUUCGCCAGCAAUGUCACCAAAGGAGCUCUUGGUUUAUCGCCUUUGGAGGAGGAACUGCGGGGACGCCACGCCAAACUGCACAAGUGAGCAACCGAUCCGACUAACUCCGCCGCCCUUUUCUUUUUCUAUGCCUAGCGAGAGAGAUGGAUACAUACAUACACACACCUCUCUAUAUAUAUAUUUCUAUAUAUAUGGAUAUUGUUAGCCAUCUGCAAUAUUUCUCGUUGCCCUGACUGUAUCUGCGCGCGCGUAACAAAACACACGCUGUGUUCCAUAUC